GACUCACGGACACAAACACAACAAAACCCCCACCUUUGCUGCCUCUCCCCGAUCCCACCGACCACCGAACCCCGCCGCGAUGUCCGACCACCGGGCGAAGAGGCCGUCCGACGCUGCAACCUCCCCGGCAGCGAAGCGCGCCCGCGACCCGUCGGCCCCGGCGUUCCCCACCUACAAGGACGCGCUCGACCUACCCCCUAAGAUCCGCCUCCUCUGCGAGAUCCUGGGCUCCGCCGCCCCCGACGUGGACGCCGCGCUCGACGACGCCGACGUCCGCGUCACCACCGCCGACGUCGAGCAGGUCCUCCGCUUCUCCUACGCGCAUCCGCGCGCGGCCGUCGCCUUCUUCCGCUGGGCGGGCCACCGGCACCUCGGCCACAACCACUCCCCCUACUCAUGGAACCUCGUCGUCGACAUCCUCGGCAAAAACCGCCUCUUCGAUCCCAUGUGGGAAACCGUCGGCUCCAUGCAUUCCCAGCGCCUGCUCUCUCUCGCCACCUUCGCCUCCGUGUUCUCCUCCAUGGCGGCCUGCCCCGGCAGCUCCCCGCUCAAAGCGUUUGUGGAGAUGCCGCGCUACGGCAUGGAACGCAACACGCCCGCGCUCAACUCGCUCCUCUCCGCGCUCUGCCGCGCCAACCGCCUCGACGACGCCCGCGCCGCGAUCCCAGUGGCGCGCGCCGAGGCCGGCACUCGCCCGGACGCUGAUUCCUACGCCAUCCUCCUUGAGGGCUGUGAGGCUGCCGCUGACCCGCGGGUUGCACGCGAGGUGUUCGACGAAAUGGUGCGCGCCAUCGGCUUUGAUCCAGCCAACGUGCCUGCCUAUGACUCCUUCCUCACUACGCUUGUUUCAAGUGGCCCCUCCACGGCGUUACCGGAAGCAAUGGAGUAUCUGGUUGUCUUAAGCCACCACGGGUGUUCACCGGGAGAGAAGUUCUUCCGUGCUGCUCUCGCCGCACACCUUGAGGCGCGUGAAUUGCAUGGUGCAAUGAUGCUUUGGAAUGACUUUGUCGGAUGUCGGGGGUUCGUCCCAGAUAUGGAAAUGUACAAUACAAUGAUCAUGCUGCAGGGCACUCUCGGGCAUGCCGAGGUUAUAGUGGAGUAUCUGGACGACAUGGCCUUCAAUGGAGUGUUCCCUGAUGCUGACACAUACAAUGUAGUCCUCCAGUUUUUGCUCAAGGGGAGGAAGCUCCGGGAGGCAGCGGCGAUCUUUAGCGAGAUGGUCAAGAAUGAGUGUUGGCCAAAUGAGGCAAACUGUACACUUUCACUUCGCAUGUUCUUGGAUACACGUGAUUGGGAGAUGGGGAUCAAGGUGUGGAACUGCAUGGUAGCGAAUAACCUGCCUCCACUGGAGGAGAGUGGGAACAUGCUUGUAUCAAAGCUGAAGGAUGAUAGACUACCUGAGGCGUGCAAGUUUGCAGAAGACAUGAUCGAUCGGGGUAUCAAGUUAAGCUCGUCAACGCUGUCGAAGCUGAAGCAGUGCCUGCAGAAGAUUAAGAAAGGAGAGAUCCACGAUCACCUACUUAGGAAAUGGAAGGCACACUAGUCUGUUGAGCUCUCUUAUAUGGGUCAACAGGAUUGGAGACAAGUGAGAUCGUUUCUUCACAGCUUCAUGGUGACUUUUUUGCAGCGAGCGCUUAUCUGUGGAAGUUUAUUUCCAGUGCAAUUUCUAAAAUUUAGGUGUACUGUGUACAAUGUAACAUACCAUGUGAGGAUGUUUAGUAUCUUAAGACUUCAACCUCCUAACAUGUCCUCUCUUUUGGUGCA